AUGCGAAGCCCUAUUGGAUCACGGCCAGUAUCUGCACGUUUCUACCGACUGUAUGAUGCCAAUUCAGCUGAAUUAUCUAGCCGUCUCUUACACAAGUCCCGUUUACUAACUCACAGUAGUUGUUCAAUGCAUAAUGACUGUACCAAGUGCCAUAACGUGAUGAAUCGACGAGCGCCAACUUCACUUUCUACUGAUGCAGGGCAUAGAUGUAGGGGUGUGGCACUGAAGUUAACGGAAAACACUAAUGCAGGAGGCAAUAUUCAUCAGCGUACAUGGAGGCCGUCAUCCUCGGAAGAGCAGUUUUACGCCCCCGUUGUCGCUCAUUCUGUCGCUAAGAGAGAGAUGGCACGACUUCAAGGAAAAUAUGGCAUCCAUUCAAGUGUCAGGAGAGUUAGUUCAUCGGCCCACAAAUCACCUCACAAAGUGGCAAAUGACACCCCUUCCAAGUCUCGCCGAAAACUGAGCGAAUUUAAUCGGUUUAGUACAAAACACACGAAUUCAGAACGACUUCCUGUAUUUCUAAAAUUGAAAAACUCAAAAUCCUUGGAGAACGUCAGUUCGGAAACUGGAGAUUAUUCAGUUGAAUAUCCGGUGAAUGUAAUUUGGGAGUUCGAACAGAACAACGCCAAACCAGAGGAUAUUAUUAAGCUUAUACCAAAAACGGCAGAGAAAAUUCUAAAUAAUAUCAGAAAUUCGGUAAAGAAACGAAAGGAACGAAGGAAGGCGUCGGUCAGUGCUAGUAGUCCAACUUCAUCGACACAAGCAGCCUCGACUACGACGGAAGUGGAUGAAAUAGAGCCUUCGAACGUCGAGUCUGAUUCGCAUGCUAAAACGGCAGAUUGCUGGGGCUCUUUGAAGGAACAGGUCAGUCGCCAUACUUCACCCAUAAAAGAUAAAAUGAAAAUGCCACGCUUUCAAGCAAUAAAAGAUAAGUUGGAGAACCUGAAACCUCGGCGAGUACCUGGUCAUCAAUCAGAAAAGGUUACAAAACCUCGAACACAAAAAACGUCACCCGAGACAGGUGGAGGGAAAAUAUCUACAGAUAAGCGGCUGCUGUUUCGAAAACCUUCUUUCCUGAAACAAUCUAUCGGGCACCCAGAAAAACCAUCAACACCGUUAACUAACUUGCCGCAAAGCCAAGAAGACAAGACUCGUAUGGACAAGACAAGACUGGAUCAAAAAGCCUCAAGUCGGGAUCGAAAUAGAAAACAUCCUCCCCGUGAUGACACGGCGAUUGUUGACAAAGCAAAAGCGCGACAAAAAGACAAACCCGAAGAUGUGGAUAGUGAUGUGGAUCCAUUCUACGAGGGCUUUUUGGACGACUUGAAUGCUGAAUUCCUUUUGAGAGGACCGCAGAAAGAUACGGAUCUCCUCAUGAAACAGUUGCGACUAAAUGCACUAAAACUAGUUGAACUUGAACAAGAGUAUCGAGCUGGAAAACUACAACCCGUAGGACAAGAAAGAAAAAAGGGCAAGAAAAAGAAAAAGAAGAAGACUUCAGCCAGUCCCAUGUCAGCUUCACCUCAAGAAUUAAUUCGUGAUGAGCUGCUUGCCACUCAGAACAAGCCGGUCGAAAUGGAAACGCCAAAGGAAAUAGACACGUCAGUUUUGAAUCACGAGGAAGGCGGUGUUGUACAAGACUUGUUAGAUCACGGAGUUUUGUCACCUAGUGAAGUAGUUGAAGCGGCACACGAGGUUCAAGAACUAACUGAAACACUGGCACUACCUAUAGCUGAGACAGGUUUUCCAGACCUAACUUCGGACUUCCCUAAACCUUCCAAAAAGUUCGAGGAAGCAGACGCCAUGCCUUCUACGUCUUUCGAGCUUGAUGGUGUCCAAGCGGAAAAUGCGGACAUCGCAACUAAGCAGAAGGAACCAGUGCAGUCAGAUGCGAAGCCAGAAAUGAGCACUCGGAUUAGUGAACAGAUCUCAGCAAUUGAGAAUGAACGACCAGUGGAUGUGAACGCCGAUCGAACAGCACAUUCACUAAUCGAUAAGCCUGAGGAUGCGAACAUGUCUACGGAAUCUUCACAUACUGGAAGUGAUGCCAUAAAUGCAGCUUCAGAAGCUGCAACAAAAGAUGACCUGGAUAGAUAUGUCCCAACAAGCACCCCUCUUUUUCGUCUUGCAAGUGAUAUCUUAGACAGCACAAAAAGCACAUUUACUCAGAAGAUCAAACCGGCUAUCCCAGAUUCACCUGUCAGAGGUGGCCAAGAUAUCUCAGCGGAUGCGGUUCAAGACUCGAAAACAGGAUUCGUCCCCGUUAAAGCAACAUCAGAUUCCUUACAAACCGCUGCACCUAGUGACCUUUAUCAAGGCUUCACUCUAAGAAAUUCAUUACUGGAAAUACUAUGUUCCAAGAGACAAAUGUCAACCUGGAACCUUCCACAAAAGCUCACAGCUAUCGAGGCUUGCAGAAAUGUACUAGGAAGGUAUCGCAGCAGUGUUCAGAAAAUCAGGCACAUUUCAGCAAUGUCUCCGGAACGCAUUCACGCCGGUCUGAUACGAUGCUCCAAUUCAACCUACACUAGUUUGCUAAGUCCAUCAUCGUCAAAGUUGAGAAGUGCGUCUGAGUUUCCUCCCCGAGCACGCCGAGCAAAUCUCCGUAUGAAUAAACAGUUGCAUCAACUUGAUAACGUGCAUGAUCCGCGUACAAGUAUAUUGCCGGAGCCGCGUCUAUCACGGACCACACCGAUAUUUAAAUAUCCAGAACCUUUUAGGUUUGCGCCUCAAGAGCAGACGGCUGAACAGUUAGUCAGCUCUAGUGAUCCGAAAUAUCAGGCACUCUCGUUGCACGAAAAAUCCGCAGGUGAUCUAAUAAAAGCACCCAAUACACCAAAGAAGUUGACUGAAAAUUGUUUGCACUUUGAGAUUAGAUCUCCCUCAUCGGUGGUGACCAAAUCAAGUGAAGAGGUCAAAGGAGCGAAGAUAGUCAUGCCAGUGGGAAUAGGUCAGAUAAAUUUAGAUAACCACCUCCCUCAUGGUCCCGCAAUCCACAUCCGCUGUACACGUCCGGAACCAUCUACCAAGAAGAAAGCAGGAGCUACGAUGGAUCAAUCAACUAUUAGAAGCAAAACUGUUCAGCCGCAAGAAUCAGAUCUGGUUGUUUGGCAAGAAGCUCCGCAAUUAGGCCAUAUUCCAGGUGAAGAACACAGGUCGGUUUUCUCUCCAUCACAUGGUUCAACCCUGCAUGACGCUUCUAUGUUUUCCCCCAAAUCGUGUAAGGAGUAUCGCUCGGCCUCUGCCAAGCUGAUAAAAGAGCUGGAAAGACUAGAAUUGCGCUCACAGUCACAUCCUCACUCAGCCGAUCUGCUGAAAAGGAAACACAGAAGAAACUGCCACAGGCUGAUCUCCGUUACUUGGAACAACGGUUGGCAGAAUAAUACUAGCUCAUCACCUGUGACACUGAAUCCUCCGGACGAUGUCAAUUCAAGGGCCCUUACUGAAAGCGCCAAUCCCGGAAUGACCGAAACUUCAGUUCAACUCGGACAGGCGGAUCAAAUUUCGGUCGAAACGGCAGGGGUGGCAGGUCCUUUGGACAGAAGUGAUGACAUUACGUUUAGCAUAUGCAUCACUGAAAGAUCCGAAAGUUCGUCAUCCUACUGUUCGGACGAGAUUGAAAAAUUCGUAGAGGAGAAUCAGCAUUUGUUAGCGCUACACGAUUGUGAAGAGAGAAAGCCUUGUUGCUGUCACACUGAAAUUCUCUGUUGCUGUUCGGAUGAUUCUGAUUCGCAAAGCAGCGAACAGUCCCCUUGUUGGUGUGAGGCAGAAGAGCAGAGACGUUGCUGCUGUAGGACUACGCAAGCUGGUCGUCGGGCGUGUUCAUCCACUUCACCACGAGAACCUAAUCCCUUUAGAUUGUAUCACCUAGCCACCAAUCUGAAGAACAUAUCAACUCAGCUGGUUUAUCGACAACUCAAAACACUGUUACUUAGGCGGGUGUUACUCAAACGUGCGUUGACCGAGAGAAUUAUGGAAGACCUUUGCCGCAUACGACGCCUUGAUCUAUGA